GUGCUACAGAGAGUGACGGAGCGCUUUACGACAGUUGCUUUGUGGCAGCAGUAGAAGAGGAAGAUGGCGGCCGCCUUAGCUGUCCGUGGAGGUGCUUCUGCACCGGCCUUUGGGCCGGAGGCUCUCGCCCCAGACUGGGAAAACCGGGAAGUCUCCACAGGGACCACGAUCAUGGCUGUGCAGUUUAAUGGAGGCGUGGUUCUAGGAGCAGACUCGAGAACAACCACUGGGUCCUACAUUGCCAAUCGGGUGACUGACAAGCUGACGCCUAUCCAUGACCGGAUCUUCUGCUGCCGCUCAGGCUCAGCCGCUGAUACCCAAGCAGUAGCUGAUGCUGUCACUUACCAGCUGGGGUUCCACAGUCUCUUUAAGGAGAUGUGUUACCGAUACAGAGAAGAUCUGAUGGCAGGAAUCAUCAUUGCAGGCUGGGACCCUCAAGAAGGAGGGCAGGUGUACUCAGUUCCCAUGGGGGGUAUGAUGGUAAGGCAGUCGUUUGCCAUUGGAGGCUCUGGGAGCUCAUAUAUCUAUGGCUAUGUUGAUGCUACCUAUCAGGAAGGCAUGACCAAGGAUGAAUGUCUGCAGUUCACUGCCAAUGCUCUCGCUUUGGCUAUGGAACGGGAUGGCUCCAGUGGCGGGGUGAUCCGAUUGGCAGCUAUUCAAGAAUCAGGGGUAGAGCGGCAGGUACUUUUGGGAGACCAGAUACCCAAAUUCACCAUUGCUACUUUACCACCUCCCUGAAUCCUAGUAUUAGGGUAUAAUAAAAGAUAUUCUUACUGAUGCAAAAGUUAAUAAACAGUUUGUCAAAGAUG